ACGCCGAUAGAAAGCUUGUAAAGCGGGUUUUUCAGUUUAUAAUUUGAAGAGACAGAUAUAGAAAUAGCAUUUAAGCCACAGAUAAAUAUCUGAUUCAGGAGAUAUCAAGAACAAUAAUAAACAAGGAAAUCAGUGAAUACAUUACAUUUUGAAAUGGAAAACGCCAACAAAUUACAAAUAGUGUAUCCCGAUGAAGAACAUGGUGUUCGGCAUCCACACUGCCCACAUGGACCAACAUUGUUGUUCCAAACAUGCAACCAAUUGGCAGAUAAACCAGCUUUUGCUUAUUAUGCUUGUGCAGCGCAUCGGGAUAAACGUUUAUGCAGCUUUCAGCUGCCAGCAGAACAAUUAACGCCACAGAAAUUGGCAAAGCGUUAUGAUUUAGGGAGUUACAUUAAUUCUUACAAGAAGAAACGGCAAAAGUUAUUGGCGGGAUACCACGAUGACUGUCUUCAUUACUGUCUACAUUGCAAUGUACCAUUACUACGUGAUGAUCAAUCAUUGCAUUUCGGUCAUGAAAUGGUUUGGAAUUUAACUAAUGAUCUGCUUUGCGAUCCAACUCGGUUCCUACGCCCACUGGAUGAUGAUAAAUCGCAAGCGCAAUAUUUUUUCGAUGACAAGGCGUUAAAAUUCUUCGGAAAGUGUUUUCAGAACUUGGGUGUAACUAAGGUGAUCUGUAUGGGUGCUCCGCGUUUGCACGCUUUUUUACAUAAUAACUUCUCCGAGAUACAAAGCUUUUUAUUGGAUUUUGAUCAUCGCCUGUUUCUUUUCUAUGACGAUAAAAAUUUUGCUUGGUAUAAUAUGUGUAACAACCAUUUUUUCGACAAACAGCAGAGUUUAAUAUUCGAAGAGUUUUUAAAGUGUAAACCCAAAGAAAAGCUGUUAAUAUUUACGGAUCCACCUUUUGGUUGUCGCACAGAACCGAUAGCCGGCACUUUGAGACAGCUUACGCAUACAUUCAACUUAAUGAACAACCUACCUCAUCAACCUUUGCCAAUAUUUUGGAUAUUUCCUUAUUUUUCCGAACAUUACAUACAGCAAGAAAUGCCGCAUAUGCACAUGUGUGAUUACAAGGUUAAUUACACCAAUCACAGCGCAUACACUAAUGUAGGCGAGAAGUGUCGCAAGCUUGGUUCGCCAGUGCGUGUUUUCACGAAUGUACCUUUGGAAUUGUUACAUUUGCCGGUUGAAGAGGAGUACAAAUAUUGUGCCUUAUGCCAGCGUUACACAGCCUUGGAAAACCGCCAUUGUGCUAAAUGUGGCAAUUGUCCGGCAAAAAAUGGCAGCACUUAUCGCCACUGUGAGCUUUGUGGGUGUUGCGUCAAGCCUAACUAUGUGCAUUGUACAAAUUGCAGACGCUGCACACAGACGGAAGAGCAUGAGUGUCAAAUAUAUCAAGCAAAUCAGCAUUGUUGGAUCUGUUUGCAGAAAGGACAUACAGAAUUGAUGUGCGCGGAGUGGCGCAGGCAUCAUAGCGUUGGGUUUGUCCACAAAGGUGACAAGAUAGUCACGUGUCUGUUGUGUAAAAGAAAGGGUCACAAUGAACGGAAUUGUAGGCAACGUAGCAAUUAUCUGGAAGAAAUAACAUUCAUGGGCAUGACAGAAGUAAAAAUUAAGUAAUAGUAUAAAGAUUUACGUUA